GUGUUCUGCAAGAGUGUCUUCUUUGUUCUUCAGCAGAGUGCAUACUACUUUUUGGAAAACCAUUUUGUGUGGUUUGAUCUGCAGCAAACGGCGCUGGACACCGCGCAGGUGGUGGUAGGGGUGGCGGUGGCGGCGGUGGAGGAGGCGAUGGCGUUGGCGGUGGAGGCGAUGGCGUUGGCGGUGGAGGCGAUGGUGGAGGCAGCGAUGGCGGCGGCGGCGGCGGCGGCGGCGGUGGCGGCAGUGGCGGCAGUGGCGGCGGUAGCGGCGGUGGCGGCGGCGGCGGCGGCGGCGGCGGAGGCGGCGGUGGCGGAGGUGGCGGUGCACCACAAUCGCCUCCGCCGUGUCGGCCACCGCACCGACCUUUCGCCAGUCCGCGGCGGCGUUGUGGCGGGGCCGACGUGCGGCGCGCGGGUAGUAGCGGGCGGGCGGCGAGGAACGUUACGUAAGCCGGUUUCUCGAGAGCCCCGCGGCGGCCGCGGCCGGGUGCUCGAAGGCAGCGGCGCCGGCGGAGGAGAAGGAGUAGUGGGAGGAGGAGGGGGAGGGGGUGGCGGUGGCGGCGCGGGCGUGCGGCUGCAGUGUGGCGCCGGCCCCCGUCCAGCCCGCAGCCGUCGCUCUCCGGGCUCCGCCGCCGCCGCAGAGCCCCCGACACGCGACGUCCGCGACUCGUGCAACCACCCGCCCGGCACACGCUGCGACCAGGCCCUGCCCGCUCACGAAGGAGGCGCCCCGGCGCCCGCGCGGAGCGGUGCGUGCGCGCUCAGGGCCUACGCUGCGAUGGCCGCGCGUCCGCGCCUGCUGACUCGCCUUCGCCAUGCUGGGCCUGAACCUGCUGUGCUGCGCCCGCGCGCGCGGCCCGCAGCCGCGCCUGGAGCCCCCGCGCUCGCGCCCGGGGGCGGGGACGGGCGCGGGGCGGGGCGCGGGGCGCGGCCGCGAGCCACGGGCCGCCGCUUGGCGGGGAAGUCCCCGCCGCCCCCGCCGCCGCCGCCACGCGCCAAGCCGUCGCCGGUGCAGCGAGGGAAGUCGCAGCCGCAGAUACGAUGCAUGCGAAUGCCAAUGAACCGAAGCGAUGAAGCUGGCAUGAAAACCACAGCUGUCCCCCACAUGCAGCGCUGCGCCGCAUGGAAAGAGUGCACGGAGAACGAGGCGGCAAGGUGA